CUUUUCUGAUAUUCUGAGAAUUGCAUCCACAUGUGUUUCUUCAUCAGCAUUGAUGGCCGACUUUUUUCUUUGUCCGUCAACAUAUUCUUGUAUUUGACUAGUAGUUGUGUGAAUUCUCUCAUCUCGUCUUUUGUGUAUCCCAUCGGUGUGAUUGGCUUCGCUUGUUCUUUGAUUGCUUCAUCAUUCUGUGUCGGAGAUGUAUUGGCCAUUAUCAAUGACUAUAAUAGUAGUAAUAAUAAUAUUGAUAAUAAUAAUAAUCCAGCGGUUUUGGAGAUAUUCCGUAAUUUGUUUCAGUAUGUCAGCAAGUCGUGGUGUUAUUCUCGGUUAGUGUAUUUCUCUGGUAUAUUUCCACGUGUCGUGUUUUUGUAUAUAUGAUGAUGAUGAUGAUGAUGAUAUGAUAUAAAAGGAAGACAGUGUCUAACUGCUCUUAUCAUAGGUGUAUGUAUAUGGAAGGGUUGUCAUUGGAUGAUGUAAAGGUGAUUUUCGUCACAAGGACGCACACACACACACACGAGUGUUGGCUAGACAUGUUGGCUUUGUUUUCUUCUGCUGGUGAGGUGGUGAUUGAGGUCCAGACAGGAUUUUGGAAUGAAGCAUUUCUCAAUUGUUGUUAUUUUGUUUCAGCCUAUGUUUUGUUUGUUCAUGGAUGUUCACUAGUGUGUUUUAAUUCAAGGAG